UCGAUACUAUGCUGCGUUUUGGACUAUGAGAAAGAAAAGAAAGGCGGAAGAGCAAACACUGCUGUCCUCUCCUAUUGUUUGUUUUGAGUGUCAAAAGUGACAUUGAAAUGUGAAUUUUCUAUUGCGCUUGAUCGAGGACUUUGGUAUUCAAUAGUUCUUGAGAUAUUUCCUUAUUUAUUUCUUUCAUAUUUUAUGUUUGGGAUUUUUCUUAUUAAGAAAAGAAACGGCAUUUGUUUGUUUAACCGUUGUAAAACAUAAGUUAUUAGACAAGUCGCGAUUUGCCAAUUUCUUGAGAUGGAGAAACUAUUGAUGCAGACACCUUAUCUGGUUCAUCGGACAUCGCUAAUCCUCAGCAGCACCAUAACUCGCCGUUGCCAUAUGUCUUCCCACUCGCCGGCGCCGCUGCUCUGUGUCUUCCCACCUGCCGUCACUGCUGCUUUGUGUAUUCCCACCCGCCGCCGGCCUUCUUUUCUCUCUCGCUGCCCAGAAACUGCACGGAGGAGGCUCUCCGUGACCAUGGCUUAAAUAUCCGUCUCCAUCGUCAAUCUCGAAACCUUAAUCGAAGGAGUUUGUACGUGAUAAUGUAUGAAGAACCCACAUUCUCCCCUAACUAUUUUUGCAAAUUUACUAACAUGUGGAUGUUAUUAGAGAUGAACAUAUUUUACCAAUCAUUUUGGACCAUACAUGUUCGAAGCGGAAGGACGCCCCACGUAAGAUUUGAUUUCAGACAACAGACUAGAAAAUUACUCGCAAACAAAAAGUAAACAAGAAGGGGUGAUGCAAUGCUGAUAACGAAGAUCUAUGUCAAAUGUCAAACAACCCUUACGAGCAUUUUGGAGUUGGCAGUGGAGAAUAAGAAGUUCCAAGUCAAAGGUCAAGCGAGCCUUCCAAGCGUGUACGAGUUUCAACGCAGGCAUGGGAAGUCCUAGAUGAGGAUGGGAUUUUUGAAUAAAUAGUAUUAAGUGUA